CGAAAGUCGGACGCCUAACCGACUAAGCCACCCAGGCGCCCAGGGCAUUUGCUCUUCUAUGUGGCUUGAGAAACUGUCAAAAGUUCAAGAUAUAUUAGAGUAGUGUAGGUAUGAUUUGUCCCCUGUGAUAUUACAUGAAUAACAAACAGAAAGCGGAUAGCUUGGGAUUAUGGGGAUUCUACUGUAUAUUGCAAUUUAGCAACAGUUAGAUGUGAUUAAUUAAAUAAACACAGUAUUUUCUCAUUCUCAGACAUAAUUUGUAAAAUGCUUAACUAUUUCCUUGACAAUAAACUAAGACUUAAGGAAAGAUAAGUCAGGUUAAAAGAGAAGGGAAAGUUUAAGGAUUACCUAGAAGUGUAGUAACUGGUGAGGACUCUGGGCGCCGCUGUUCACCAGUCUGAGAGAGAGGCACUGCUUGCGCGCGCGCACACACAAACACCCACCCACAGAAGAAAAAAAAAUAGCUUCUUGGAACCUCCAUUACCACCAGAUUGAAAACAGUCUCCCUGAAGCUUCCUAGACCCUACUUCUGGACUACUUUCCGCUCUGAAAAAUCUUCUGAAAAUUCGGUUAAUUUGGGCUUAGAAGAAAAGAGAAACAAUAUCCUUGGUACCGGACUGGGAGAAAACUACGAAAGGAGAGAGCGAUGGUGAUUCGGGAGAAGCCCAGCUGCAGUGAGCUGUUUCUGCUGUGCCUCUUUCUGGGGCUGUUGUUGGAAGCUUGGGCUGGGAAGAUCCAAUAUACUGUGCCAGAAGAGACAGACAAAGCUUUCUUCGUGGGCAACAUCGCCAAAGACCUGGGGUUACAACCUCAGGAGUUCACAGAGCGCAGAGUUCGCAUCGUCACCAGAGGUAGGACGCAGCUUUUUGCUUUGAAUCCUCGAAGCGGCAGCUUGGUCACAGCGGGCAGGAUAGACCGGGAGGAGCUCUGUGCUCAGAGUGUGCCGUGUCUAGUGAGUUUUAACGUCUUGGUAGAGGAUGAAAUGAAGCUUUACCCUGUUGAAGUGGAAAUAAUUGAUAUUAAUGACAACACUCCCCAAUUUCAGUUAGACGAAGUAGAAUUUAAAAUGAAUGAAAUAACUACUCCAGGCACCAGGAUCCUUCUGCCUUUUGGGCAAGACCUUGAUGUGGGUAUGAAUUCACUGCAGAGCUACCAGCUAAGCUCCAACCCUCAUUUCUCCCUGGAUGUUCAACAAGGAGCUAAUGGAUCCCGGCACCCAGAGAUGGUGCUGCAGAAUCCCCUGGAUAGGGAAGAAGAAGCUGCACACCACCUCCUUCUCACCGCCUCUGAUGGGGGCAACCCAGUCCGUUCAGGAACCCUCCGCAUUCAUGUUCAGGUGGUAGAUGUAAAUGACAACCCUCCAGCAUUUACUCAAGCAGAGUACCACAUGAGUGUCCCAGAAAAUGUGCCACUGGGUACUCUGCUGCUUACGGUAAAAGCUACUGACCCAGACGAAGGAUCCAAUGGGGAAGUAACAUACUCAUUUCACAAUACAGACCACAAAAUAGCCCAGAUAUUUCGAUUGGAUUCUUACACAGGAGAAAUAUCAAAUAAAGAAUCCCUCGAUUUUGAAGGAUACAAAAUUUAUCCAAUGGAAAUUCAAGCUCAGGAUGGUGCAGGCCUCAUGGCCAGAGCCAAGGUUCUAGUUAAAGUUCUGGACAUAAAUGAUAAUGCCCCAGAGGUAACCAUGACAUCUGUCACCACUGCAGUCCCGGAAAACUUUCCUCCUGGAGCUAUAAUUGCUCUUAUCAGUGUGCAUGACCAGGACUCUGGAGAAAAUGGUGACACUACAUGUUCCAUUUCUGAAAAUCUACCCUUUAAAUUAGAAAAGUUAGAUGAUAGUUAUUACCAUUUAGUGACGGAAAGAACACUGGACAGAGAACUUACCUCCAUCUACAAAAUCACAGUAACAGCAACAGAUCAAGGAAUUCCAUCUCUGUCUACAGAAACCUACAUAUCACUGCAAGUGACAGAUAUCAACGACAACCCCCCUGUUUUUCCCCAGGAUUCCUACUCUACCUUCAUUACAGAAAACAAUCCCAGAGGUGCCUCCAUCUUCUCCUUGAGAGCCGAGGAUGCUGACAGCAAUGAGAAUGCACUAGUCACUUACUCCUUGGCAGAGGACACCAUCCAGGGGGCGCCUCUAUCCUCCUACAUUUCCAUCAACUCAGACACUGGUAUUUUAUAUGCCCUGCGGUCCUUCGAUUAUGAACAGUUCCGCGACCUUCAACUGAGAGUGAUGGCGUGUGACAGCGGGGACCCCCCACUCAGCAGCAAUGUGUCGCUGAGCCUGUAUGUGCUGGACCAGAACGACAAUGCCCCUGAAAUCCUGUAUCCAGCGCUCCCCACCGACGGUUCCACAGGCGUGGAGCUGGCGCCCCGGUCCGCAGAGCCCGGCUACCUGGUGACCAAGGUGGUGGCGGUGGACAGAGACUCUGGCCAGAACGCCUGGCUGUCCUACCGCCUGCUCAAGGCCAGCGAGCCAGGGCUCUUCGCGGUGGGGCUGCACACGGGCGAGGUGCGCACCGCGCGGGCCCUGCAGGACAGAGAUGCGCUCAAGCAGAGCCUGGUGGUGGCUGUGCAAGACCACGGCCAGCCCCCUCUCUCAGCCACCGUCACGCUCAUUGUGGCCGUUGCCGACAACAUCCCAGACGUCCUGGCUGACCUGGGCAGUCUUGAGCCCUCAGCGGACCCUGACUCCUCAGGCCUCACGCUGUACCUGGUGGUGGCGGUGGCCGCAGUCUCCUGCAUCUUUUUGGCCUUUGUGAUCGUGCUGCUGGGACUCAGGCUGAGACGCUGGCAUUCAUCCCGUCUGCUCCAGGCUGCGGGGGUCGGAUUCGCUGGUUUACCGGCCUCGCACUUUGUGGGCGUGGACGGGGUUCGGGCUUUCCUGCAGAUGUAUUCCCACGAGGUCUCGCUCAGGGCGGACUCCCGCGAGAGUCACGUGAUCUUCCCGCAGCCUAACUAUGCGGACACGCUCAUCAGCCAGGAGAGCUGUGGGAAAAGCGAGCCUCCGCUGAUAACUCAGGAUUUACUUGGAGACAAAAAGGAAGCAUUUUCUCAGCAAGCCCCGCCCAACACGGACUGGCGCUUCUCUCAGGCCCAGAGACCAGGCACCAGCGGCUCCCAAAAUGGUGAUGAAACCGGCACUUGGCCCAACAAUCAAUUUGAUACAGAGAUGCUGCAAGCCAUGAUCUUGGCCUCUGCCAGUGAAGCUGCUGAUGGGGGCUCCACCCUGGGAGGGGGCGCUGGCACCAUGGGCCUGAGCACCCGCUACGGGCCCCAGUUUACCCUGCAGCACGUUCCAGACUACCGCCAGAACGUCUACAUCCCCGGCAGUAACGCCACACUGACCAACGCGGCUGGCAAGCGAGAUGGCAAGGCCCCUGCCGGUGGCAAUGGCAACAAGAAGAAGUCAGGCAAAAAGGAGAAGAAGUAACGUGGAGGCCAGGCCAAGAGCCACGGGGCAGCUUCCCUCCCCAACCAGCCCAGCCUCUCCGUACCUGUACCCAGGCCUCACAUUUUCAGGGCUCACCCCCAGAAACUGACAGGGGUCCAGGCCAUGCUCCCUUUGAGAAACAGAAACAAGUGCCCAGUCAACACCCCCCUCUCUGCCCCCAAGGGAUUGAAUAUGCAAAAGGGAGUUCUGCUGGGAACCCCCAUUCAGUCCAUUGCUGUGCCCAUGGGGGUAGUGGGGUUAGUGUAGACACCAUUUAUCACAUCCCUUUAGUUACAGCUGAAUUUUGCCAUCUUCCAAAUUCAAUCAGGCCCAUCCACAAUCCCCUGUCUCCCUCCUGUCCACCCCACCCCCUCAGCAGCUCCUCUUUCUUGAAUAAGGUAGUUGAGGUGUUGAGGUACCUGGUGACCUAAAGAGGCUCAUAGUUCUGAAGAGUUGGAAGGGCGUCGUAACCUCUUGGCCUCUCCAAUGCUCAGACUGCCCCCAAAGCAUGGUUUGGUGUCUGUCCCUUCAUCUCCUUCCAGAGCCCAAGACCAAGCUCAAGUUUUGGGAGACAUGGUCACCAUUGCCACGGUACUGAUGCUUGCUGGAUUUAGGGAGGGCACUUUGCUACCGUGCCCCUUCCCAGCGCCCUUGGGACCAGUCUUUUGUUCUGUUUUUCACUGUUAGAUGUCCCGCUGCAUGCCAUGACUCCCCCUCUCCAAACAAGAGACUCCGUUGCAUGCUCCAAGACAGCAUGGGGUGGUGAGAUAAGGAAGGGAAGGGUGUGGAUAUAGGGGAUGGACAAAGCUUGACUUGCCGGUUAUCAGGAUCUUACAGAAGGCUCUGUGUCCCCAGGGUACUGGCCGGAUCCCCGAUUCCAGCCGUAAAUCAAGUACCAGGCUGGACCCUCAUUUACCACAUUCAAGGCUCACACACCUCAGGCAGUGAGCUUUGAGCUGAGCUGUUAGCACCAGUAGGAUUUAAACUGGCAUUACGGUCAAAUGAAAGUCUGAGGAUGUUUAGGACCAGGUCCCCUGCCUGGAGAGGUCAGAGGGCCCUCUGUGGGUGCUGGGUACUCCAGAGGUGCCACAGGUAGAAGAAUCACUGUGGCCCUAGCAGCGAGGCAGGGUCAGCUAGGCCGUUCUUGGUCCCUGGGUUAGGGAGGCAUGGAGCUAGAGCAGGGACCAAGUGGACAGAAAGUCUCCGCCUAGGAUCCAGGCUUCUCCACAGGGCCCCUGCGGUCCCCCAGCCUCUGUUCCUUCAUCUUGCCAGGUGCCAUUUCUUCUCCGUGAAGGCCAAUGCCCAGGCCCCCAGUCUGCCCCCUAGUGGCCAGAGCCUGGUUAAAGUCCCCCAGUGCCUCCUUGUGCAUAGACCUUUCUCUGCCCACCCCCUUCUGCCUACCCCCUCUCCCAGCCCCCGUACCUCCAGCGGGGUUGCUCAAGAACCCCACCCCAUCCCUUAACGGUAGUGUAGAGCCCCCUCCCUCUUUCGGCUGGUGUAGAAUAGCCAAUAGUGUAGUGCGGUGUGCUUUUCCGUGAUGGCGGGUGGGCGGAGGGCUCCGCGCAGCCAUCUGUCCUUGAAUCCGCUUGCGGCGGCCCGUGCUGUGUUUUGUGCUGUGUCCACGCGCUGCGGCGACCCCCGUCCCCUGUACUGACUCCUAUAAGUGCUUCUCUUCGCAUAGUCAUGUAGCUUCCCACCCACUCCCCAUCCUGUGUCUCACGCAAGUUUUAUACUCUAAUAUUUAUAUGGCUUUUUUUCUUUGGAAAAAAAAAAUUAAAAGGUUUCUUCUGAAAGGUU